AAACAGCCCAAUGGCAUGAUUUUAUCGUUAUACAACCCUGCCUAUAUCGAAAACUAUAUCGAUUAGUCUAGUGACAUCAUCAUAUUUCAAAUCAAAUUUACAACUGAAAACUCGUAAAUACAUAUAUGUGCUAAAUUUCAUCGCUUUAUAUAAUUUCGUGGUAGAUGCAAGUGUUUUGUAGACUCGAUUCGACAUAAACUUGUCAACACAAUCUGUCUAACAUAGUUUCAGGCUAAAGAAGAAUCAAAGCUGGAUAGCUUGACUAUCAAGCCCUUGUCAUUCCCUCAAAUCCAAAAAAUAAUUAUUAUAAUAAGUGUAUGCUAACGGGAAAAGAUCGCAUAAAAUGGCUGACUUCGAGGAGGAGAAUUUGGUGCUGCAGAGGCUCACAGCCGAAAAUGUGAAAGAGCUCGCCUCCAUAUGGACGGAAAUGUUUGACGAAGAAAUGUGCUUCUAUAACUUCAAGAAACUCAAAGAGCAUGUUAAGACAUUUUUUACAGAAUUAAAAGAAGAAUCAAUUCAAAGGAAAGAGCUAAUACAGAAUGAGGUGGAGGAACUACGAAAUGAAGCGGAUACGUUGUGUCGUUUAUUGAAAACAAAAGUACAAUUGCCAAGAAUGGAUGACAGAAAUGUGCCUUUGUUGAUUCUACAGUCGAAUAUGGAUAAAAGCUUAACUGAAUUACGUGAACAAUUGCGACGGCGGCGUGAAGAAAUUUGCGAACUACUACUUGAACAGGAGGGUUUGUGUGAGGAAUUAGGUGAAGCACCGCGGCCUCUUUUAGCAGAUCCAUUGCCUUCAGAAGAAGAAAUAAUGGAAUUUCGCAGUCAUUUAGAUCAACUGAAGGUGGAACGUAUGGAACGUUUGAAUGAGAUGUCACUGUUGCGUAGGGAAAUAAAAAAUUAUUUAAACACUUUAGAGGCACAAGUUAACACAGAUGCAGAUGAUCGACUUCUAAAUCAUAGACAAAUUAAAUUGAAUGAUGAAACUUUCACAGCGCUCAGACGAAUGGCGGAGUUGUACGGCUCUCGUGUGCAUGCAUUGUCGGAGCGUAUCGUUGGUAUGCGCAAGAAAUUAGAAUCUCUUUGGGGCCGUUUAAAAACAUCACCGAAUACACGAAAUAAAUUUAAAAGAUACACAGAAUUCAAUCAACGCACAUACAGUGUACUCAAGGAAGAAUUACACCGUUGUGAAUCAUUACAAAGCCAGAAUAUCAAAGAAUGCCUUCAACAAAUACGUGCGGAGAUUGUAGAUUUAUGGAAUAAAACAUUAAAAUCUGAAACAGAACGAAAUCGCUUUUCCAACUUUAACAGCAAUUGUUACACAGAAGAUCUAUUGGUAUUGCAUGAAAUCGAGCUAGAAGAUCUAAAACGGUUCUAUGAAAAUAAUCGUCAAAUAUUUGAAUUGUUUGAUAAUCGAAAAUUAUUAUGGGACCGAAUGGAAGCCUUGGAGGCCAAGGCCUGCGAUCCUGGACGCUACAACAAUAGAGGUGGACAAUUGUUGAAAGAGGAGAGAGAACGAAAAACUAUUGCAACCAAGCUACCGAAAAUUGAGCAACAAAUUAAAGAAUUAGUAUUGGCAUAUGAAGAACAGGAGCAUCAAGAAUUUCGUGUACAUGGCGAAAAUAUUCUGGAGUUGAUGGGGAAAGAGUGGGAGAAAAAACGGCAAGAAAAGGAAAAAAUUAGUAGUGCACGUAAAAAUGCCCAAACCCCUCAUUCUGUAACUACUCGCACACCCAUUUCAGCAAAGAACGGUUCGUUGAUUUCUAUGCGUAAAACUCCGUCUCAUACCAACUUGUCAACUGUUCCAUCAUCUGCAUCUGCGAGUUCUGCGAAAAAACGUAAACUAAACCAAAAUGAAAGGGAUGCACCAUUGGCUAAAAGAAGUUUGAUAUUCCCAGUUAAUAGUCCCAACAUUUUCCCGAAACCAAUGAUGAAAUCAUGUAAUACCGCUUCGUCUGCCGUUGGAUCGAAGUUACCGACCAAGUCUCCCUUCAAAUCUCCACUAAAGAAAACUCGCGUCAUUGCAACCACGAUUCGUCGUAGAUCUGGACGUCAAAGUUCAGGUAGCAAAAAGCGCACUUCUUUGGGCAAGAGUGCUAAAAUGAAAACCUUUGUUGCACCGAAAGUUCUCAAUAAUGAUAGGUCGAAAUGUAAUACAGAUGAGGGUACGGAUGACGCCUAUGAAUCUUUUCAAAAAAGCAUUGAUCCAGAUUCACGUUCUUCAAUACUACACUCG